GCGGACGCCGGAUCGGCCACAGUCUCCCCACCAGCCAGGAUGAACGGGAGGGCAGGUGGAGGAUCUACGACUUCUGCGGCCGGAGGGAGAAGCACUACCGUCGGCGCAGGGAAUCGCUCGCGUUGCUGCCCUUUGGCGAAUUCCCGCUGCUCGAUACCCUGCCUCCUGUUCCUCCUGCUCCCGGUCCUCACGCCCCUGGUGAUGAUGCCCGCCGACGCGGUGCCUCACUCGGCCCUUCAGAGACCGCAGUACAUCGAGGCCAUCAGACCCGUGAUGCCCAAUUCGGCGGUUUACCCUCCUCAACAGAUGGUGAUACAGCAGCUGCCUGAAAACGUCCCUCCACCAAGGAAGCGAGCUGCCAUCGUGUUGGACAAGUUGAUGUUCGCUCUCCAAAAGGCUCUGGACGAUACCCCGAACGCUACUUCCCCGGGGCACCAACAGGGUCUCUCUGGGAACAGGGCAUUUGCAGCUGGACCGAUGGACCUACAGCGGCGCGGAAAUAACGACGGAAGACUCUACUGGCGAUGCUACUUCAACGCGGUGUCCUGCUUCUAGAUAGUUUUAAUUAAGAGCCUCUCACUACUUCCCUGACAUCGCCAUUUCCUCCUAGCACCAUUACCGUUUCUAAACAGAGAAGUCAAUUCGUAAAUCAUGUACCGCGCACGCUCUUAAUUAAUAAAACAAAAAUAACUGUGAAAAAAAAUCCAUUGGUUCGAGAUGUCUUUCCGCCCGUACUGUUCUUCAGACCUGUGAUUGAUUUGAGAUUGUGUCUUUCUUCGCCGAGAUCGGCUAUAAAUAGACGAGUUGUGUGUUUGUAGCGGUCUUAGUGUAUGAUUCGUUUAUGUUGCUUUUUAUUUUAUCGUAGAUAGGCCUCAACUCUGUAACCAAGGGCACAGUCUCUGAACAUAAAAAAUCAUGCUCUGUAUAUUUAGUUUAUUUUAUACUCAUUUAGGCUGAGGACUUUUGCUAAGUUAUCAUACAAGAAUUGAAACUGAAGGCUAAAAUGAAGGCUAGUUCCCCAAACGGUUGUUACAAUUAGUUACGACAUUCGUUCUCUUAAGUUGAGCCAACCUAAAAAAAAAAAAUGCUUCGGUAUGAGUUUCAUUAGGCGAAGAAACGCAAAUCCAACUAAUCUGUCAUGGCGAGACGCAGCAGUGGGAAAUAAAGACAUGCAUCAUUAUGCAUUACACGAUAUCCACUCUCUCUUUUAUGGAUCCCAGAUAUCUUUGUGUUUAGAUGUUGUUUGCCAUGCUCUGUAUAUACACAUAUGGAAAAUACCAUGACGUUAAAUGUAAGACUAUACACAUCAGACACUGAAACAGCCAAUUGUAGGCCUAGAUGUUCGUGACGUCAAACACCAGUUGCUUUCUGAUUGGCCGGAGAGGCUUCCAUCUUUUCCACUUCUUUGGGUUUUCAACGCAAAAGUUGGACAGAGCCUCGGGAAUUCGCUUCUACUAAGUCAUAUAGUGCUAUUUCAUGGUCAUUCUUAGAUGUAAUUCAGGGAGGACUUGAGUCGAUAAUGGAAAUUCAAUGAAUCAGAGGAAAGGGGUGAAAAUAGUCACGUUUGUGAUUAUCGGUCAGAUACAUUUUUUCUAAGUUAUUAAAAUGAGAACUUUACUCUAUCCUAGCUUUAAGUUUUUACUUUCUUAUUGAUGACAUCACCAAAUCCCUUUUUACUCGAGCUAAAUUCUCAGUCUCUGCCUUUCCAUCGACCUGUUUUUUGAGUUUAUUGAACGCAAAUGAAAGAGGAAGGAAGAUUCGAGGGAACAGUAUAGAACCACUCUGGAGAUGGAUCCCCAGACACGAUCUUGGAAAAUACUGAUGGAAUAGUUUUUCAUUAUGUAUCCCAUUAAGGCUUAAAGCCCUAUCGCUGACAAUCCUUACUAUUACUGCUCUGAGAUGUUAUAAAUUUUAUUGAAAAAUAAAGAUUCAGUAUCCGA